AUGGCCCUCGGUCUCGUCACCAUCGCCUUCAUCGUGUUGGCGCUGCUUAAUGUUCUUGAGCUCGGCCUCCUCGCCUAUGUCGCCGACGUAUUCUGGUCCCCCAGCUCUGUAGCCUUCUGCAUCUUCAACACGAUCUGGUCCCUCCUCGUCGUCGCGUACUUCCUCGCCAUCCCCGCUUCGCGCCCCAGUUCUUCCACAAGCUCGUCGGCCUCGGCCUCCUCGCCGUCACCACCCUCUUCUGCUGCUAUUGCUUUCGCCUUCUUCAUCUGGAUCAUCUUCACCGGCAUCACCGCCAUCGAGGGCCUCGACGCCCACAAGAACCGCAACUCGGGCCCCGCCGAGGUCGCUGCCCCCAAGACCAGCCCCCAUGCCGCCGUCGUCUAA